AUGCCAAUCACUGGUAAUUUAAAUCAAGAGAAUCCAGUUUUGGAUGAACCUGAAGGGCAAUAUGUUGCCGUUGACAACACACAGGUUACUGAGACACCAGAUCAAAAUCAAGACUUCACAGGUGCAGAGGUUUCAAGCACUACAGUUGAUCCAGAUCCUAUUGGAGGAUCAUCACUGACACAUUCCACUGUAAGUGGAAGUAACAUUGAACCUGUACAGUCCACUUCAUUGGAUAUUACUUCAGAUUUUUUAGAUGGAUUUAAGGAGACUGCCCCACUAAAAACUAAUACCCCUGCACCAUCAUCAAGUUUUAAUAAGGGUUUUCAGGAUGCUUUUGCUGCAUUUGCAUCAGCUGCUUCUGCCUCAUACAGAGAUGAUGAAGAGGAGGAAAGUGCUGUCGAUGCACCCACUGAGGAACCAGCUACAACAGUAGCAUCAAAAGUAGAUGAUGUCGUAUCAGCUGCUGCAGAUUCUGCUGGGUCUGCUGCUAUUGAACCUGUUGUAUCCUCUGCUAUUGACUCUGGUUUAGUAACCACCUCUGGAGAAUCCUUAGUCAAGUCAGGUCAAGAAGCAGAUAGUAUUUAUGCAGCUCAAGAGCUUGCAGGAUUAGAGCAACCAGCAACAGAGCAGGUAGCAUCAUUUGCAGGGACGGAUGCAGAUUCACAGAUGAUUGGUAGCACUCAAGCAGCAGAAGCACCCACAGAGGUGGCAGCAGCCUCUGAUUCAGUCUAUUUUAUACAGAUGACUGAUGCUUCAGGGCAGGUAGUAACUUCAAUAAUUGAUCCUAAUGAUAUUCCAUCAUAUGCAGAUUCUGUUGUAUAUAAACAGUGCAUGCUACCUGAUGGUGAAAUUGAGACGACAAUUGUAUACCAAGGAGGUAUUCCUGUUACCCAGGAGGAACAACCCACUCAAGAACAAGUUAUGGCAACAGAGGAAGCAACUGAGCAAGUUGAGCAGCAAAUUAUUUAUGUCCAUGAUGCCAAUGGACAGCUGACACCAAUAGAUUCAGCGCAGUCUGCUAAUGAUGUAGCACCACCUGGUAAACAAUUUGUUUACAUGCAGGAUUCUACAGGCAGGAUUAUUAGAACCAUUAUGGAUGCUAAUCAAACAAUGGUGCCAGGUCAGCAAGUAUAUUACACUCAGAGUGAAGAUGGGCGAAUUAUUACAUCUGUAAUGGAUUCUGCCACAGCUGGUGUUACUGAAGAUGGAUCACAGCAAACAGUUGAUCAGCUAUAUCAGCAGCAGUCUGCAGAUAAUCUGUAUCAACAGCAGUUGUUGGAAGAAACUCAGCAACUUGCAACAUCUGUGGUUGGAGGCACUGCAGGAUUCAAUAUAGACAAUAGCAUGAGUGGCCUCAGCAUGCUUGCAGAGUUAUCACAUUUGACAGCUGGACAAGCCGCUACAGGUGUUAAUACUGAACUAAAGACAGCAUCUAGUACUGAGAGUAAUUCUAUGGACAUGGAUGAGUUCAGACCAGUUGCCAUGGUUACAAGAAGGCUUGCUGGAGAUGAAGGGGAUACUAUCAGUUCUGAAAUUGCAGGGCUUAAAGUUGGUGAGACAGAUUCUAGUAGUGUGGAUCAGGACCUGGGACCUUCUUUGUCACAGGAAGAUGGGGCUGGACAAGAAGACUCUGUUGUUGGUAAAAUUUUGGCUGAAAUGAAGAUUGAAGGCACCAAUCCAUCAUAUUCAGUAUCAAGAGACAAUUUGUUUGUGCAAUGGCAAAAUUUAGAUGCCAUGUGUUGGAUGGAUGUUGUGCUCAUAAUGCUAGUCUAUUCUCCUACACUGCGACCAUUAGUUAAUCUGGAACCUACCCAUGAGUUGGCUUCAACUUUGUUAAUUACACUUUUAAAAGCAAAUAGGCAAGCCCAGGUUUUGCUCCAAAAUUUGCUUAAGAAAAGCAAUGGAGCAGAAAUUAGUGGUCUUCAAACAGGUGCUGGUAACACAGCAUCACUACAGGAUCCAAAGACAUCAAAACUUGUUUGCAAAGAAAAUAUGGAUGAAAUUGGCAAAGCCAUAAACAUCCUCUAUGCGAUGAGGGAAAAGAUAUGGCAAGCACUUCAACCAAGACUGCGGUGUGAAAGGGGAAAACACAAUAGCCCAGUGUUGGUGUUACCAUUGCUUGUCAGAGAAAAACCAGCUAUCAAACAAAUGUUUACUAUGAACUACAGAUAUGUCUUUAAGUGUGAAAAAUGUGGCUACUCACAAGAUGAUAGUCAUACAAAGAUUCUUCCCAGUAUUCCUGUGGUUCCUGCAGACUUCAAUAUGAAAGCCCCAUGCUUUGUCAGGAAUUGUUUUGAAUGUCAAGCACCAAAUCAAAGAAUGGUCAUGAAAUUUGAAGGGCUUCAGGACUUUGUUCAGAUGCAUUUUGUCAAAGGCUUGCCACACAAUAGGUUUGAUGAGUUAAGCUUUGACUUCAAUGAUGACCACUAUGAGGUCACAGCAGUUGUACACUACAAAAAUAAUCCAGAUCAUUUCAUUGCUUGGGUUAGGAAUGCACCAGGCUCAACUUGGAUGGAAUGCGAUGACCUGAAAUCUGUAAUUACCAGGUACCUUCAUGUGUCACCCAACAUCCCUCCUGGGCAGGUGCACAUGGUCAUGUGGGAACGCAGACUGACAGCGCAGCACACUUUAGUGAUGCGUGACACAGAGGAUACAAAGCUAUUGGCCUCAUUGGUUCUAACUGUUCAGCAACCUAACACACACCAAAAUACUGACCCAGCUUCACGGUCAGGUCUAGCAAACACACCAUCAUUUCCUUCAGCCUCUACUACCCAGACUAGUUCUCUGCUAUCUGGUCAAACAGGGCCGACCUUUGCUCCAUAUACACCUAGAGGAAGGGGUAGAGGAAGAGGAUCCAGAGGUUCUUAUGGAGGAAGGGGGAGGGGAGCAUCAAUGGCUAUGCCAGUGAGGCGCUCCACACCUACUAUCACGCAAAUAUCAACUCCUACAUCAGCUCCCACUUUACGAGCUCGUACUUCUCCACAAAUUGUUCGUCUGCCUUUGUCAGCCUUACGAGGAGCUGCAUCUGGUGGGGCACGCUAUGUUUUAGUUAGUGGAAAUUCUCAAGGUGUUGCCAACAGUGUUGGUAAUGCUGGGACAGGCAGUGGAACCAGCAAAGUGGUGGUUGUCAGAUCUCAAGGUGGAGCCAGCAACAUCUCUGCAACUGAACUUCUUCAGCUCCUUCAGCGAUCUGGGGCCAUAAGUCAAGCAGGCUCUAGAAUAACCACUACAAUCAAUACAUCAACUUCUGGGGCUACAUCUUCUACAGCAUCAUAUAUAAUCCAGCCUGAUGGGAGCAUUGUUAGUACCUCAACAUCUGGGGAUACACAAGCACAGCCAGCCUUAGAACAACAUCCAACUGAGACAGCUGAGCCUUCUGUGUCUGAUGCACAGUCUUGUGUUGAGCAGAUGACAGAGUCAUUGUCUGCAGAGAAGAAAGAGAUGCAGACAGAGGAACAAGCACAAAUGAUCUCUGAGCCUGAACAACAGAUAAGCACAUUACCUUUUACACCAAACCGGGAACUCUCAACAGCCAAUGACACAAUCAUCGUUUCACCUGAGACAGGUUCCUCUACCAUGGCAUCAUCAUCAACUGAUUUAGGCACAGAGCAGGCCAUACCUGCUCAGAGAACUAUAACACUCACUCCAAGCCAAGCACAAGCUAACACAUACAUUCAGAUUCCUAGUGCUUCUGGAGGUAUGAUCUUGACCCAGCUGACAAUGAGAGGAGGUAAAAUGGUACUGGUGCCUGUAGACAAAAACACUCAAGCUCAGUUGACCAGCACAUCAGUACUCAAAAUGCCCAACUCUCCUUCCGGGUCACCAAAAAUAGCCAUCAGGGCUGGAGGAGCAAGUCCUCAGAUAAUAUCUGCAUCCUCUGCUGGUGCACUACUCUCACAGUUACAACAGCAACAGUCGCAAGGUAUCAUAUCUCUUGCACAAGUGUCAAGCACUAACUCUACCGUUAGCACUGUGACAGGCCCUCGUGUUAUUACAAUGCCAGGUAAUACCCCUGGGAAAAAGACCAUUCAAGUAAUUACUGUUCCACGUGGUGCCAACACAAGCCAAGCUGGUACUAAGACUAUUCUAAUGGGCUCAGCCGCAAUUCACCAAACCACUGCCACAACCGUUGGUGAAAGUGCACUAGAAGAUGCUUUGUCCCUGUCUGGAAGCAUUAAAGAUAAUGUCAGCACACUUGGCAGCUCAGGUCAGUUGACAUCAACACCAGCAGUCUCACUGCUGAGAGAUGUUUCAGCAAGAAGUGGAGCCUCUUUGCUAACUUCCCCACCUUCUAGUCAACAGCAAAAAUCUCAAGAGAGCUUCAGAUAUAUACUACCUGGGUCAACUACCACACAUGUUGUUCAUACUGGAACUGGUGGAAUUCAAAGCAGCCUAGGACAAGCAGGAAGAGCUUUCACUGCCCUAUCUUCUUCAGGCACAAUUAUUGGUGGUCAACUUACACCAUCUCCAACAACAUCAGCCAUUGGUACGUCACCCAUGGACCAAGAUUUAGCCCUAGGUGAUUCAGACGACAGUAAUUCUGCCUCUGGUUUGCUGAUGGCUAGUCAAAGAUUGAACAGAGAAAUAAUUGAUACAACAGAAUACAUACCAUUAGGACGUGGAAGGGCAAGAGGCCGUGGUCGAGGCAGAGGUAGAGGUAGAGGUGGAAGGACGCCCAGGGGAAGGGGGAGAUCUCAGCUGUGGUCUUCUGAUGCUGACUACUUAACCCCUCAGAUUGGGAGUAGGAAAAUAUCCACCCUAUCUGCAGACCUGAGACAGAUAGGUGCUCACAUUAUUGAAUCAAGCUCUGAAGCUGUUGAUGGUGUUCCAGUGGUGUCUAUCCCUGAUUUUAACACUGAUGAGCCUAAUCAGCCUGAACCUGAUACAGUCACUGAGCCCAUGGAAACUGAACAUGCUGCUAAUAUUCAUGAAUCAUCUGCCACUGAGAUGUCAGACCUACAGUCACAGAUGACAGCGGAGGACUCCCAGCUAAACCAAAAUUUAACCGAUGCUACACUCAGCCCUACAGGACCUCGUGUUAUCACACAGUCCAUUCCUUCUAUCAAGGCCAACCAUGGAUUUGACAUUCUUACUCAAGGCAUACUAGGAGGAGCAGCGAGAUCACCCUCAAUGCCACAGGUGAAGCAGGCUAGAAGUCUGCUAACAGGCUCACCUGUUUCUGUGACGCACUCUUCACUGUCUGCCAAUUCGGGCACAACCACAGUGCUGGAUGCUUCCAGCAUGUCUGCAGUAGUAUCUAAAGCGCAGCAGUCUCUCUCACUUGGUCAGUCUGUGAGUCAGUCUGAGAUUGAUACGUUAAUACAAGCAGCCCAAGCUGCUGCCAAACCUGGCCUCUCUGGGUCAACAACCAUCAGCUUCAAAGUCAAACCAGGAGUCAGCCUGCUGCCAAUUAAUGUUGGUGCUUUGGGCAGCCCUAUCAAACAGGACACUAGUUUUGGUGUAGAAUUUCUAAACACAGCUGAAAAUAUUGAAAGCAAAAGUGAACAAACAGAUGAAGCAGCUCUUCAGGAAACUCAGACUAUAUCCCAAGAGGAAGAGAUUCUAGAAAAGGAGGAACGAAUUAUGAGUGUUGAUGAGAGCCAAGUGAGUGCAGCUGAAAGGUAUAGGAUGCCAAGUGAAUUGUUUCAGCCUGAUGAGGAGUCACCAGAAAAACCACUGAGGCUGGAGGAAGGGGUAAACAAACUUGGUGCUGAGCUACCUUCUAAGCUCUUCCAAGAUUCAGAAAUCAGUUCUCAGGAAGAGGAAGUAAUCUUAACACCUCCACAUUCACACAAAGGUGCAGCACGACACAAAACUGUCAAAGAAAUUGAAAUGGAUAAGAUGGCCAUGAUGCUAGUAAAUGAGUCUACAUCAGGCACUAAGAAGACUCAGUUGAAAGGUCAGACACUUUCUCAACCAACAACAAAGAUUCAUGGAGAUGAGGAGUCUAUAGUAGGUGAUGUUGAUAUUGAAACAUCAGAUACUCAUGUAGUUAAGAAUAAAAGAAGUCCUGCUAAGCAAAAGAUUGAUCACAAGCAGAGGAAUGCAAGCAGCAAGAAAGCUUCUGUUAAAAAAUCUGUUGACAGUGAUGCAAAUGCAGAGGAUACUUGCAUUGCUUCUGCUCCGCUCAAUGAGAAUGAUACAAAUAUUGUAACAAGCCCAAAGAAAGAUCAGAAUAGUUCACUGAACAAGCCUAAAAGCAUUGGUGGCUUUGCCACAGAUUUGCUUCUUGAAACUGAAAAUGAAGAAAAACAGUUGGAAACAGAACAACAGAUGGAAACUGAAGAAGAAACUGUUGUUGAAGAGGAAGCUGUGAAAUCUGAUACUGUUAAAGACUCUGAUAACAAACUUGUUGAUAAUGUUGAAACAAAUAAGGAUGAGAUCACAGAACAAGUAUUGCUUAAAGAUGAUGUACAAACUACUGAUGUUGGUGAGAUUGACACUGAAAAAGUUUUAAAAGAGAAAGUUGAAAAUGUACAGCCUGAAACCGUCAGGGUCCGUAGAAGACGCAUUUACUACCCAGCAUUUGUACCCCAUAAGAAACAAAGAGUUGACUGGAAAGUAGAGGAUGAAACAGAAUACACUGAUCAUGAACUUCAAGAACAAUGUUUCAACUACUGUGUCCUUUCAAACAAAUCAAGAGCACCUAGCCUCAGACAUCCUUCUCUAGGGCCUGUACAAGAGUUUUUUAUAACGCCACCUUCCCCUUUAGCUCUUCAUCGACCUAAUAAAGUUAUUGAUAAUGAACUUCUGCCUGCCGUAGUUCUACGACGAAAUCCAAAACCUCUUCAGAAACCAGUAGUAGAUCCUUCUAAAGAACCAACAGUGAUACCAUUAGUUGCUGAGGAUGAAGGAGACCCAGCUUGUACCGGUGGAUCAGUUGUGACCAGCCCAAAUGAUGGGGAAAUGUUUAGUGGGGUCAUUGUCAAAAAGAAACAGGAAACAGCUGACUGGAGCAGCUCUGUAGAAGAGGGGGAAGAUGAAGAUGGUGAAAACUCUGAGGUGGAGCAUAAAUAUGCUCAGAGGGAGUACUGCAAACAGUUGUUGACUGUGUUGUAUAUGGAGGCAGGGGACUUCACUUCCUCUCUGUCUUGGAGUUCUGUAGAUGAUGAUCAGGACACUGAUCUGCUUUGUGAUUCUCUGGUGAAGGAAGAAGAGAGUAACAUCACAGCAGAUGAGUCUGAGCAAGACAUUGCUGCUCCUGACACUGAGGAUACUAAACAAGUAGAUGUCCCAGAUGGAGGCACACUUCCUUUUGAACCUAAUUUAUCAGCUGAUCUGUUUCAAGAUGAGCAGGGGGAUGAGUUACCAAAAACAGUAGAUUUACCAAAAACAGAUGAGUUACCUAAAGCAGAAGAAAUUCUUGACAGCUGUGAAAGCGUCAAACAAACUGAAGUUCCAGACAUUGACACUGGUGUUCCAACAAAUGUGGAAGAGAGUGGACAUGAAAUAGUUUCUGAAGAAAUAGAUCAAACUUAUAAACUGGUGGAGAACCUCCAGGACUCUGUUAAAGAAACAAAAGUAAUACAGAGCAUUACCACCACUGGAGAAACUACACCCCAGACACCCAUUGUUAAGAAGCGAAGAGGGAGACCUAGUAAAAAACAUGCUAUUAAACCAUUACUUGAAGAAGAUCCUCUAGCUGGUGUUAGUCACAUUCAGGAUGUGGCAUCUGAUCCAAACACACAGUCAUCCCGCAUUAAUGGCACUGACAAAACAUCAUCUCCUCAAGUAGGCUUGAAAUCUGAGCCAACUUCUCUAACAAAAGAUUCAACGGCAGCACCCUCUUUCCCAUCUCCAUCCAGACGGUCAAGCCGCACUCCCGUUCCAUCAAAACGUGUGCUUGAUUCUUGGGAAGAGAGCUCUCUUAGGACUGUGCUUAAAGCUAGGCGGACAUCAAUUGUGAGUUCUGAUGAGGAGCAUUCUGGAUCAAGUAAUGGUGAGAUAAUGGUCAAGAAAAUUAAAAAACAGACAACUUUACCCUCAUAGCACUAUGCUAUUAUGUUCAGUGUUAAAAUGUCGAUAGUUUGUAAAGAGAAACUCCUAUGCUUUAUACAUUUGUUUCCUGUUUUGUACUAUUUCUUUCCCCUAAUUCUAAGUUUUGUAAGUUGUUUUUUCUACAAAAUUUUAUUUUAAACUAUUGUUAAUCCUACCUAUGUAGCGAAACACAGCACACCAUCACUGGGGGCAUUAAAAUUUAGUUGCUCUUAAUUUAGAUAGUUCAGGAAUAACUGCAGUUUUAGCACUGCACUUGAUUAAUAUGAAGCCCAAAAAAUCAGCAGCCACUCAUUUUUUUAACAUUGUAAUUAUGCAUUCAAUUUUACACAUCCAUGUGUAUAUAAGUUUAUUUAUAUAUUGAAUAGUAUGUCUACUAACAGCCUAACACUUGGUAAUCUCACAUAGUUCAUUUAGAACCAUUUAGUAUUAACUUGAUUCAUGACAGGUUAUUUUUUUUAAAUAUGCAUUUAAAUUAUAGUAGCACAGUUCAUUUUGUAAUUUCAAAAGAGUUUGUUUCACUAAGAAGUAUUUUUUCAAUCAUCUGUAAAUGUGUCAUUUAAAUUGUCAAAUGCUAUGUUUUCUAUUAAAUAUAUUUUCUGAAUUCAUCAUAUUUACUUAUCAGUUUGUUAAUAAUUUCAUACCUAAGUUUUCCCAUCAUAUUUUGACACUCAUUUGAUCAAUUCAAUUGCAAUCUAACUUUGAUCAUUACAGUUAAUAUUAGGACACAAUAUUUUGUUGGAUUUGUUUCAAUAUAACCAAUAGUUUGGAUUUUUUGCAGAGCAACAUGUUAGUUGAGGUGUCGUCUCCAGACAUCUCUUCCUUGAUAUAUU